CCGCGGCUCUGAUUUUCCUGCCUGACAUCGGCCUCUGGUCUCUCUACAAGGAGAAGCACCUGGUGAAGCCGCCCGAGCCCGCCGAGCCGCAGAGAAAUCUUUCCCUCUUCUUUAUGAAAAAACACCGUGGGAGACACCUGCUUCCGGAGCUUUGCUCAAGAGGUAAAGAAGAGGAAGAAAAUCUAUUGCAGGAAUUUAACUACUUCUGAAUUUAUCUUUCAAAUUCUUUACUUUCAUUUCCAUGAUUUUCACAUAUUUUUCUUCAUCGAGAAGGUGACAUGGCUCCAAGUCUAUGCAAACACUUGGUGAUUCAAGUCACGUAUUUAGUCACUGAACUAAGAACAGUAUACUAAGAGAAUUUCAGGAAAAAAAAAUGAUGAGGGGUAUGUCCAGCUAACAUAGAAAUAUGUAGGCUACAAUAUCCCACUCUUUUCUGGAUGCUUGUACUCUGAAGGGUCACAGCUGUCAUGUUUCUGUUCAAGGCUGUGUUUCACAGGGACAGUUGUAUCUUAUGCUGUUGUUUUAAGAUCUCUUGGAAGAUCCUAUUGAAGGAAUUUCCUAUCAUCUCUUUCUUUUGAUCAAAUCCUUUUUAUUGAAAACCUCUGCCCUUAGGAAGCAGUCACUAGCUGGAAUACGAGACUCAUCUAGCCACAUGUGGAUUUAACAGAUAACUACAGCAUCCCUAUCCCCACCAUCACCUCCAGCUGCUGGUUACCAUCAGAUGUCUGAGUUUUUCAACCCUAUCUCUGAUGACAGGACACAACGGUCUUUGACAGAUGCUUCAUUAGAUCACUGGAAACCACCUCCACAACAGUUCAAGCCUAUCAGACAGACUUCUCUCUGAAGAAGUUGAAGAACAUUUACGUGUUGUUUUCAGGGCCAUAUGAGCAAUAUGCUCAUAUGAGAGCUGCAGCAACAAGGAGUUUGGAGAUUGGUGCCAUCUGGCAGUAGCGUAAACGUGCAGUGCCGUGACAGUUGUGUCAGACACUUCCAUUGGGGCUGGGAGAUGGACAGCUCUUUACCUGGACUGAUGGCUUAAAAAGGAAGGACUGGCAUGAUUAUGAAAGCAUUCAAAAAGAUGCUAUGCGUUCAGGGAAAGGUGAACAUGGAAAGCCAUACCCUCUUACAGAGGAAGACCACGAUGAUUCUGCUUAUAGGGAAAACGGCUUCAACAUAUUUGUUAGCAACAAUAUAGCACUGGAACGAUCACUGCCAGACAUCCGACAUCCUAACUGUAAGCACAAGGUGUACUUGGAAACACUGCCAAAUACUAGCAUAAUUAUCCCAUUUCAUAAUGAAGGCUGGACUUCACUCUUGAGAACAAUACACAGUAUUAUCAACCGCACCCCAGACAGCCUGAUAGCAGAAAUCAUUCUUGUGGAUGACUUCAGCGACAGAGAACAUUUAAAAGAGAAGCUGGAGGAAUACAUGGUCCGUUUUGCCAAAGUGAGGAUUGUACGAACCAAGAAACGAGAAGGGCUCAUUCGAACCAGACUGCUAGGAGCCUCACUGGCUAGAGGAGAAGUCUUGACAUUUCUGGAUUCCCAUUGCGAAGUCAACGUGAAUUGGCUGCCUCCCUUGCUUAACCAGAUUGCACUUAACCACAAAACCAUCGUGUGUCCUAUGAUCGAUGUCAUUGACCACAAUCACUUUGGCUACGAGGCACAGGCGGGGGAUGCCAUGCGAGGAGCUUUUGACUGGGAAAUGUACUACAAAAGAAUACCGAUUCCUCCAGAGCUCCAGAGAGCUGAUCCCAGCGACCCCUUUGAGUCUCCUGUAAUGGCUGGAGGUCUAUUUGCUGUUAAUCGGAAAUGGUUCUGGGAGCUGGGAGGCUAUGAUCCAGGAUUAGAAAUAUGGGGAGGAGAGCAGUAUGAAAUCUCCUUUAAGGUGUGGAUGUGUGGAGGUGGCAUGUAUGAUGUUCCAUGCUCUCGAGUUGGACAUAUCUACAGGAAGUAUGUCCCAUAUAAAGUCCCUUCUGGAACCAGCCUAGCACGGAACCUGAAGCGUGUGGCAGAGACAUGGAUGGAUGAGUUUGCAGAGUACAUUUACCAGCGACGGCCUGAGUACAGGCAUCUCUCAACUGGCGAUAUCUCUGCCCAGAAGGAGCUGCGCAAGCACCUGAAGUGUAAAGAUUUCAAGUGGUUCAUGGCUGCAGUGGCUUGGGACGUCCCAAAAUAUUACCCGCCUGUGGAACCUCCACCUGCUGCCUGGGGCGAGAUUCGAAAUGUGGCAGCCAACCUCUGUGUGGACAGUAAACAUGGAGCCACAGGGACUGAGCUGAGGCUAGACAUCUGUGUGAAGGAUGGCUCAGAACGAACGUGGUCACAUGAACAGCUCUUCACCUUUGGUUGGAGAGAAGACAUCCGCCCUGGGGAGCCACUUCACACCAGGAAGUUCUGCUUCGAUGCCAUUUCGCACAGUAGCCCUGUCACACUGUAUGAUUGUCAUGGGAUGAAGGGAAACCAGCACUGGAGCUAUAGGAAGGACAAAACUUUAUUCCAUCCGGUAAGCAGCAGCUGCAUAGAUUGCAACCCAGCUGAGAAGAAGAUUUUCAUGAACAGAUGCGAUCCUUUAUCUGAAACUCAACAGUGGAUUUUUGAACAUAUUAAUAUGACUGUUUUAGAAAAAUUUAACAGCAAGGCCACUUCCUAGAAAGAAUAAAAAAAAGGAGAAAAAAUGAACACACCUAUUUACGUACAGACUGCAGACUACGUUUUCGCCAGCAUCUGGGUCAAAAGAGUCAGGAAUUAAGUUUCCUAGAUCCAGGAAAUCUGUUCUGAGGAUUAAGAAAAUGCCACAGCAAGAGCCAGCAGGCUGUCCUUGUGGAUGUACAGUAUCUGGAGAACUUGGCCAAGAGCCUCACCGGAUGCUGCUGAGAACUUCAGGCUGAAAAUUCCCUUGCUGGUCAAGGGAAAAACUUUGUUUAAAAACUGUUUAAAAGUACUCCAAGUUAAUAAAGUAAAACAAAACUCUA